AUGACAGCCGAACGCCUGAUACCCAAGGAGACGCGAUACCCAGAGGCACAAUACCCGCGAAGACAGAGUACAAUACCCAAGGAGGACUGCGAUGGACUCAGCGUCCGCUCGGCCACCAAAGUCACGGCUGAUGUGCUGGAGGCGGCGGAGAGGCUGCAGGUGGUGGGCAGAGCGGGCACCGGCGUGGACAACGUCGAUGUGGAGGCAGCCACCAGGAAGGGCGUCCUGGUCAUGAACACACCCACUGGGAACAGCCUCAGUGCCGCCGAGCUCACCUGCGGGAUGAUCCUGUCUUUGGCCAGGCAAAUCCCGCAGGCAGCUGCCUCCAUGAAGGAGGGCAAGUGGGACCGUAAGAAGUACAUGGGCAUGGAGCUGAACGGGAAGACACUGGGCGUGCUGGGACUGGGGCGCAUCGGCAGGGAGGUGGCCACCCGCAUGCAGGCUUUUGGCAUGAAGACCAUAGGCUACGACCCCAUCAUCACCCCUGAAACCUCGGCCACCUUCGGCGUGGAGCAGCUGCCGCUGGAGAAGAUGUGGCCCCGCUGCGACUUCAUCACGGUGCACACGCCGCUGUUGCCCUCCACCACGGGGCUCCUGAAUGACAGCACCUUCGCCAAGUGCCGCCGCGGUGUGCAGGUGGUGAACUGCGCCCGUGGAGGCAUCGUGGAUGAGGGUGCACUGCUACGGGCGCUGCAGUCGGGACAGUGUGGCGGGGCCGCUCUCGAUGUCUUCACACAGGAGCCCCCCAAGGACCGUGACCUGGUGAACCACCCCAACGUCAUCUGCUGCCCGCACCUGGGCGCCAGCACGCGGGAGGCACAGAGCCGCUGCGGCAAGGAGAUCGCCAUGCAGAUCGUGGACAUGGCCACGGGGAAGGGGCUGGCUGGCAUAGUCAACGGGCAGGCUCUCAGCAAGGCUUUCGCACCCCAAACCAAGCCUUGGAUAGCCCUGGCCAGGGCCCUGGGCACGGUGCUGCGCACGGCGGGCAAGAAAGCGCAGGGCAGCGUGCAGGUCUGCACCUUAGGGACACCCCUGCAGGACGCUGGGAACUACCUGACGCCUGCUGUGGCUGCGGGCAUGCUGGCCGGAGGGGCACAGAAGGAGGUGACCCUGGUGAACGCCCUGCUGCUGGCCCAGGAGGCUGGGCUGAAGGUCACGACCACCCACAGCGACGUGGCCCCUGAGCCUGACAGCAGCAUUGGCUUGCUGCAGGUGGCCCUGCAGGGCACUCCGCACCGGGCAACGGGGACAGUGCAGGGCAGCACCCCGGUGCUGCGGGAGCUAAAUGGGGCCACCUUCAAGCAGCCGGCCCCGCUGGCCGGCCCCGUCCUCGUCUACAGAGCCAAAGCCUCCGAUCUCUCGGCCCCCCUGUCCGACCUUGGCGAGCUGAAGCCACGUGUCACGGAGGUCUUCCAGCUCCACCUGUAG